UGAACUCCGCAGAGCUGGGGCCCGCACCCCAACCUCGAGGGUCUGAGCUACACCCCGAAAUUGGAUUCAGGGACUUAGAAACUCGAGCCUGGGACCCUGAUCUGGGCCUGGGGUCCCCCCAAGACCUGGAGCCCGAACAGCAGUGUCUAGAGCUGGACCCUCACCCUCAAUCCCCGGAACCUCCAGCUUUGACAGCCCAAGACUUGGAAUAUGGACCCCAAGAUGUGAAGCCUGAACCUCAAGAUCUGGCAGCUAAAACGCUGGCUCUGGAACUCAACUCGGGGUUCUCUGUCUGGGACCUUGAAAACUGGGACUGGAUUCCUUGGUCAUCUGUCUAUACCCUGGACCUUAUGCUGCCACCUGACCCUGGAGACGCAGGCCUGGGACCCAGCGUCUGAACUGUGGCAUUUAUUCCAAAGGGGCUUCCACCUGAGUCUGGGCCUGAAGUACCUUUCGGCACACCUGAAUGGUGAAAUUGGGGGAGCCUUCAGGUUUUGUCUCAGUAUUUGGACAGUUCCCCGUCUUAGUCCCAGAUCUGGGCUGGGUACCUAGUCCUUAGCUAGACUCACCGUUGGUGACUGGAGCUGACGGAGCAACCCCAACUGGGGUCUGGGUCUGUCUGGACCCUGUUGGGUAUUGGAGACCCCAAUUUCUGGAGCUUCUGCAGCCGCAGAUCUUAGCCCAGACUCCACAGACUUUCCUUUCCUGAGGAAUCUGGUCAAGAAAGGCAUGACCAGGUGCCCCUUCCAGAGCCCUGACCCCUGACCCCGUGGAGCCUCAGGAUUCUGCUCCCUGGGGUGCUUCUAGCUCAGGUCGCCCUGCCCGCGAUGGCCGUCCUCCCCCUGCUCCUCUGCCUGCUGCCGCUGGCCCCGGGCUCGUCUUCGUCUCAGCCGGCCACUCCCAGCUUGUGUCCCCGUCGCUGCCGCUGCCAGACACAGUCUCUGCCCCUCAGUGUUCUGUGCCCAGGUGCGGGCCUCCUCUUUGUGCCCCCUUCGCUGGAUCGCCGGGCAGCCGAGCUGCGCCUGGCCGACAACUUCAUCGCGGCGGUGCGACGCCGGGACUUGGCCAACAUGACGGGCCUGCUGCAUUUGAGCCUGUCCCGAAACACCAUCCGCCAUGUGGCUGCAGGCGCCUUCGCCGACCUGCGGGCCCUGCGCGCCCUGCACCUAGAUGGCAACCGGCUGACCUCGCUGGGCGAGGGGCAGCUGCGUGGUCUGGUCAACCUGCGCCACCUCAUUCUCAGUAACAACCAGCUGGCAGCCCUGGCAGCCGGGGCCCUGGACGACUGUGCCGAGACGCUGGAGGACCUGGACCUCUCCUACAACAACCUGGAGCAGCUGCCCUGGGAGGCACUAGGCCGCUUGGGCAAUGUGAACACUCUGGGCCUCGACCACAACCUGCUGGCAUCCGUGCCCGCCGGCGCCUUCUCACGCCUGCACAAGCUGGCACGGCUGGACAUGACCUCCAACCGCUUGACCACUAUCCCCCCUGACCCCCUCUUCUCCCGGCUGCCGCUGCUGGCCCGGCCCCGUGGCUCGCCCGCCUCCGCCCUGGUACUGGCCUUUGGGGGGAACCCUCUGCAUUGCAACUGCGAGCUGGUGUGGCUGCGGAGGCUGGCACGGGAGGAUGACCUGGAGGCCUGCGCUUCCCCACCCGCCCUGGGUGGCCGCUACUUCUGGGCUGUGGGUGAGGAGGAGUUCGUGUGCGAGCCCCCCGUGGUCACGCACCGCUCCCCACCCCUGGCCGUACCAGCGGGCCGGCCAGCGGCCCUUCGCUGCCGGGCCGUGGGGGACCCGGAGCCCCGCGUGCGCUGGGUGUCACCCCAGGGCCGGCUGCUGGGCAAUUCCAGCCGAGCCCGUGCCUUCCCCAAUGGGACGCUGGAGCUGCUGGCCACCGAGCCAGGUGAUGGCGGCGUCUUUACCUGCAUCGCAGCCAAUGCGGCUGGAGAGGCCACUGCGGCCGUGGAGCUGACUGUGGGCCCCCCGCCGCCACCCCAGCUAGCCAACAGUACCAGCUGCGACCCCCCGCGGGACGGGGAUCCUGAUGCUCUCACCCCACCCUCUGCUGCCUCCGCCUCAGCCUCUGCCUCCGCCUCGGCCAAAGUGGCUGAUGCGGGCCCCCCAAGCGACCGCGGUGUCCAGGUGACUGAACAUGGGGCCACGGCGGCUCUCGUCCAGUGGCCAGAUCAGAGGCCCAUCCCAGGCAUCCGCAUGUACCAGAUCCAGUACAACAGCUCUGCCGACGACAUCCUCGUCUACAGGAUGAUCCCUGCAGACAGCCGCUCGUUUCUAUUGACGGACCUGGCAUCGGGCCGGACCUACGAUCUGUGUGUGCUCGCCGUAUAUGAGGACAGUGCCACGGGGCUGACAGCCACGCGGCCAGUGGGCUGCACCCACUUCUCCACUGAGCCGGCGCUGCGGCCUUGCGGGGCCCCCCACGCGCCCUUCCUGGGAGGUACCAUGAUCAUCGCGCUGGGGGGCGUCAUCGUGGCCUCAGUCCUAGUCUUCAUCUUCGUGCUGCUGAUGCGUUACAAGGUGCAUGGCAGCCAGCCCCCUGGGAAGGCCAAGACCUCCGCGCCAGUCAGCAGCGUCUGCUCCCAGACCAACGGGGCCCUGGGCCCCUCGCCAGCCCCAUCAGCCCCGGAGCCUGCCGGCCCCAGGGGCCACACCGUGGUCCAGCUGGAUUGUGAGCCCUGGGGGCCCAGCCACGAACCCACAGGACCCUAACGACAUACUCACCUCUGGCCCUGAGGCGGCCUCAGACUCACCAAAUUGCUCCUGGUUUUUAAAAACUCUGAUGGGGAGGGUGUCGGGGCCCCAGGCACAACAAGAAAGUCCUAUUUUUCUAA